UAAUAUGGACCAGUAGGUCUGAGCCAUCAGAGAGAAAAAAAAAAAAACAUGCAAUUUAAUACUAGUUUGCAAGACAAUAUUGGUACGAAAUAUGAACCACUCGAUUUAGAGCAAAAGGCGUACCAAUACGGCAGCUGUAAUGAAGCUAUCCAAAGUGAUAUGGAAACAAGUCAGCCAACGGAAAUUAUAUUAGAGCCAGUACAAACAGAGUUAUCUAGCACUCCAACUGAUUUUACAAAUCAAAAUAAAAGUCGUGCUAUACAAUCUGACCCAGAAUGUCUCGACCGACCCACUGAACCUUCGGACAACCGAUUGCACACUUGCGAUGUCUGCGGCAAAGGAUUCAGUUCAAAUUCAACUUUACAGAAUCACAAAAAUAUUCAUACCGGUGAAAGACCGUACAAAUGCACAGUAUGCAAUAAAGAUUUCACUUCCAAUCGUGGUGUUACUCAACACAUGGCUAUUCAUACGGGUGAUUAUCGGUAUAGGUGUGAUGUAUGUGGCAAGGGUUUCAUUCGAGGUUCAAAAUUGAAGGAGCACGAACGUAUUCAUACCGGGGAACGGCCAUUCAAAUGCAACAUAUGUGACAAAACGUUUCAUAUUGAUAAUAAUCUUGCUCAACACUUGCGCACGCAUACUGGGAAGCCUUCGUUCAAAUGCACCACUUGCGGAAAUGAAUUUGCUAGUAGUACUGCCCUCACCAAUCACCAGUCGGUACACACUGGUGAAUAUAGAUAUAAGUGUGAAGUAUGUGGCAAAGGAUUCAUGAUCAAGUCUCACUUGAAAGUACACGAACACAUCCAUACGGGAGAGCGGCCUUAUAAAUGUACUGUGUGCGAGAAAGAUUUCUCCAGUAAGUUUGGCUUAACAUCACACAUGUUUAUUCACACGGACGAGUUUCGGUACAAGUGUGAUAUUUGUGGCAAAGGCUUCCAUUUUCGUUCGAAUGCCGAAAAUCACGUACGUAUUCAUACGAGUGAGUACCCGUUCAAAUGCAGUGCAUGUGACAAACGUUUCCGACGCAAAUUAAAUCUUACGGAACAUAUGCGCAUUCACACGGACGAGCGACCUUAUCAAUGCACCAUGUGUAGUAAAGACUUUACAAGGAAGUUCUGCCUCAACGCCCACAUGCGUCUUCAUAACAGCGAACCAUCGCAUGAAUGCAUCAUAUGCGGAACAAGUUUUCACACCAAAUAUGCUUUAGCUAAGCAUAAGUUUAGCCACACGGGCGAAUAUUGUUGUAAAUGUGAUGUAUGCGGCAAAGGAUUUCAUGACCACAGAUUUUUAAAGGAACAUGAACGUGUGCAUACAAGUGAGCGCUCGAUCAAAUGCAGCGUAUGUGGCAAAGGUUUUCGACGCAAAACGAAUCUUACCAUGCACAUGCAUCUUCAUACGGGUGAGCGGCCCUAUCAAUGCAGCGUGUGUAGCAAAGGUUUCAUCAGAAAAAGCUACUUAACCGCACACAUGUCUCUUCACAAGGACGAAGCAUCGUAUAAAUGCAACAUAUGUGAUAAGAAACUUGCCACUAAAUUUUCUUUAGCUAGACAUAAGAUUUCCCACACGGGUGAUUAUUGUUGUAAGUGUGAUGUGUGUGGCAGAGGAUUUACUGAUAGCAAACUUUUAAAGCGACACGAGCGUAUUCAUACAGGUGAGCGACCGUUCAAAUGCACUGUGUGUGAACGAGACUUUUCCAAUGAACGCUCGCUUACGGGGCACAUGUCUACUCACACAGGCAAGUAUCGAUUUAAUUGUGAUAUGUGCGGCAAAGGUUUUCUGGACAGUACAAGCAUGAAGAAGCACAAGCUGAUUCAUACUAGUGGGAGACAAUUCAUAUGCCUCAUAUGUGACAAAGCUUUCAAGUACGAAGUGACUCUUACCAGACACAUGCGCCGUCAUACGGGCGAUCGAUUGUAUAAAUGCCCCACAUGCGGGAAGGAUUUUACAACGCAGUAUCGUUUAACCAAACACAUUACUAUUCACUCGGAAAACUUUCGAUAUAAAUGUCCCGUGUGUGACAAAGGCUUCAGUGAACUAUCUAACUUGAAGGCACACGAGAGCAUUCAUUCGGUUGAGAAACCGUUCAAGUGCGUCGUGUGUGAACAACAAUUUAAGCUGAAGCAUAUCCUCGUGAGACACAUGACACAAAGGCACACGGGCGAGAAACUCCCUUUGUAAUAUUCAUCUCAUAAGACACAUUGACGUAGCGUAAGUGUAAAACAAGUAGUUUUCAAGUAUUUAUUUUAGGCAAUGAUGGUAAAGUGAAAUUUCUUGCAUUAAUUCGAACAAACCUGAAAUAUAUUGUUUGGAUGGAAAUGAAGAAGCUGUUUUAAUUGACAUAUUGGUCUAAUUCUGCCUUUCUCGACUGGUGCAAUGCCAAACGGUAUUUGCAAUCAUGAGCUGAGCUGAAGUAGAUCGCCCGUAGUUGCAUUUUGUGAUUGACCGAAUGAGUGGAAAUGUACAAUGAAUCAAGAAAAUGACGCUUAGGAGAAGCAAAUCAUUUUCACUGUACAUACCCACUCACUCGUAACUUUUUAUUAAAUGAUAAAGAACGACGCUGGCUACGACCAAAGGCUGUGCUACUAAGGGAAAGGAAGGCAUGUUAGUCCGAGACCGCGGGUACCACUGUAUCUUCACGAGCAUCACGGGAUAGGAGAUAUGUUUUGGUAAACAAUAUGAUCUCAACAAAACCUGAUUUUCGAUAGAGAUGAGAAAUAUAAUAAGUAAGAAAAAUAUAAAAUAUCUCCAAGGAAUCGUGCCUCACCAGUAUCCCUUUUCUCCUGCUCACUCUGCUGUCAGCAACGCGAGAUGAAACAAGACCACUGAAAGAAUUAAAUAAAAACACUCGCGAAUGAGUUAUUUGCAGAACAAAGCCUAGACCUUCAGUCUGAAUGAAACGAUCGACUUGUAAACUUUCACACAUUCCAUAGAAAUCCAACAACACCGACAAUGACAUACAGACGGCGUUUCGAUCAGUUAACAGGUUAAUAUCGUUGAAUUUUGGGGCGGUAAAUUCUCAUUUCCCUCCGCUUGAGCAUCUUUAGAUUCGCGGAUAAACAUUAUUCAAUGAAUAGCACUCUCACUAUUAAACACACAUUUUCCACAUCUGCACUAUCACUAAGAAUAACUGUUUCAACCAAAUUAUUAACUAUACGUAGCAAACAACACAUUGAAAUUAUAUUGUGCAUGCAGAUAAAAAUCGGAAGCGACGUCUCUCUCGCCUGAUUAUGUUGCUCCAGCGAAGUUCACUGUGCCACAAUGAUGGGACUGGACGUCGUGGUCAGAACUUCCUACCAGCAGGAACAACAACAGACGCUCUGCAUGGUAUAAAGCCGCCUCAAACACUCAGGUUUCGCUCUCAAUUGUUU